CCGCAAUGCGGAAGCAAGAGGCGGAGCAAUGAGGUUGUGAAAACUGUUACAGCGGUUAAAACGCCAAAUAAGUGUUCGAGUGUGUAUUGGAUAAUCAAUGGCGACUCAGUCGAUCGCAGAGCGAACCAUCUCGGAAAACAGCCUGGUGGUGCUGCUGCAGGGUCUGCACGGUCAGGUGACCACGGUGGAGCUACGGGACGAGAGCUCGGCGCGGGGUCGCGUCCUCAACGUGGACGCCUUCAUGAACGUGCGCCUGGAGGACGUCCUGUACCGGGACAGACGAGGAAAAGUCUCAGAGAUGGCCGACUUGUUCGUGACCGGCCGUAACGUCCGCUACGUCCACAUUCCUGACCAGGUGAACAUCGUAGAGACCAUUCAGAGCCAGCUGGAGAAAAUCCACCGAGUGCGUCACUUCAAAGAGAAAGGGAAGAAGGAAUACAGCAAGAAGAAGAAAUAAGCCAGGAAGAGUUUGUGUUCGAGAGAUUUGAUUGGAUUGGAUUUUUUCGUUUUGUUUUAAUUUUACAGUGGUGCUGUUUAUUAGUUAAAUGUUAUUGUGGAUGUCUCCUCUGUUCCUGUGUGACAAACUGACUGAAGAAGCUCUGAAUGAUGAGAACAGCUGUUUGUGUUACUUCAUCGUGAAAACAUGAUUAUGUAUUAAGCGCACCGUGACUCGAGUCUGAUAUUUGUGCCUUCUGUAAGGAGGGUUUUUGGGGGGUAAUAAACAAAUCAUUUAGAAAAUGUAGUUUUAACCAAAAAAACACACUUUACUUUGAUAAAACACACAAUACUGCAUUAUUAUACACAAUACUAUUAUGAAGGAGUUACAGUACACUUAUGGACUAAUAUGUUUAGGUGUCAUCUCUUAAAGAGACUUUUAAAUGUAGAUCCCAACAACAGAGACUUCUGGGUUUACCCUUUCAGGAAGGUUUCUAUACUGGUUUGUUCUCGGAAAGUCUAAGAGCCUUUAACCAUCCAUGGAACCCUUCAGGAACUCUUUUUGAGGAACCUUACAGAUCUUUCGAAUAUUUUAAGAACAUUUCAGAGUGUGUGCUGCUGUUGAUUUUGUUUCUAAACUUGAAUAAACUCUGUAAUACAUUAAUUAUUUUCAAUAGAACGAUACAUCAGAGGGUUCUCUGUUUUCCUUUUACUUAUGUAUGCAUAUAGAACCAUUUCAGGAACCUUUAUGAACCUUUAACCAUACACAGAACACUUGAACGUUUUUUUGGUUUCCAGGAAUGUUAAUCUUUUAUGUAAUGUUAAAUGAGAAUGUGGUUUGACCAACGUUCUAAUUGUUGCAGAGAUAAUCGUUAUUACAACAGAUAUUUUUCAGGCACAUUAUAUUUGUCAUUAUACAGCGUAACCUGGUCUAGUAAUUUCUGAAAGCUGUGAUUCUAGGUCCACUGUGGGUUCAAUUCGGUUCGAGUUUCCGACAUUGCAAUUUUCUUUUCAAUUUAAUUUAAUAGCAUUAAUGUUUAUUGUCAAAGUUGUCUUAAGCAGCUAUAUUUUUUACAGGUUGGUAUUAUUUAAAACACU